AUGAAGCAAAAUCUGAAAAAUGAAAAUCAACAAAUGGCAUUUAAAACAUUAAAAAGAUACUUGAUGAUGGCUUCUAUUUUAAGAUAUCCAAAUUUCAAAGAAGAAAUUUAUCUUCAUACUGAUGUAUCUGGCAUAGGAUUGAGAGCUAUAUUAGCUCAAAAAGAUAAAGACUACAGGAAUAUGUGA